AUUAGUUGUUGUAGUUCGUCAAAAUAUAAAUAGUGUUCUACUGUUCUAGAAUCUAGAAGUCUGUUGUCUUGAUAUUAAAGUGCUGAGUGUAUAGCGUGAACUGUGUGAAGCAGACUUAAUUUACUACUGCUGGGAAGUGAUACAGCAGGGGUAAUGGAUACAAGUGAAAGCGGAGAUGAUUUGGGAAAUAAUUUCCUUGCCGUGGAAACUCAGAAUUUCAUGGUUCACGGCGAAGAACUGGACGGUCCGUACUGCACUAACACCAUUUCUACUACAUAUGCUGAUGAAGAUGAUGGUGAUGCAAUUCUUACAGCUGAAAAUACUGAUGAUUCAAAUCAAGGAGGUGGAGAUAAACCAGGAUACCCAUUGAGAGAGCAGGAUCGUUUCUUACCAAUUGCAAACAUUGCAAAAAUUAUGAAAAGAGGAAUACCAGAACCAGGAAAGAUUGCUAAAGAUGCAAGAGAAUGUGUGCAGGAGUGUGUUUCAGAAUUUAUAAGUUUUAUUACAAGUGAAGCAAGCGAUCGUUGUCACAUGGAGAAAAGAAAGACUAUUAAUGGUGAAGAUAUACUGUUUGCAAUGACCACUUUAGGAUUUGAUAAUUAUGUUGAACCUCUGAAACUGUAUCUGCAGAAAUAUAGAGAGGCUACCAAGGUAGACAAGCCACUAGUAGCAGAAAUGUAUGAAGAGAUGCCUGAUGAAACAUUUAGUACCCAGACCUUACAAGGUAACAUCAUUACAUCUGAGCAAAAUGGAGCUGGAGAAACAGUGAUAUACACAUAUCCUGAACAGAUCCAACAAUUUCAACUCCCAUAAAGUAUAUUUGGCAUCAGAUAAAAUCUGUAAAAACAGAUAUAAGCCUGUUGAUAUUUGUGAAGCCUUUUUAAGAAGGCAGACUUAUAUACUCCAUUGUAAGGAAUUUGAGAGUUGCUAAGGGGAAACUACUUGUAUUAUAUUGUAAUAAGUGUAAUAAUGGAUUUAUAUAAUAUGAUUUUGAAUAAAAUUUCAUUGUAUUUUUAA